UCCAUCUCAUCCCCACUACUUGAGUUUAAAGAUCUGUUUAUACAACAAUGGAUUUUAAUGGCGCAGUCAAAAAUAGUUUAGGUUAAGUUAAUAUCAAAGUUGUAUAUAUAAAAAAUAUAUACUAAUUUGAUGAAUUUAUCCUAAUAAUAAUUUAAUGCAAAAGAAAGCUGCAAUAAUCGUUAAUAAAUAGAAGUGAAUUUUUAUAGAAAUUAGUGAAAAUAAAAUGCCAAUAAAGUGUUAUAGUGAUGAAGUGAAUGAUUUUAUGCCAUUAAUUUUUAAUUUCAAUAUUAUGAUCAAAAAGUUAUAUGCAAAGUUUUAUAUUUUAUAAAAAUUAUCGAAAAUUUGUACAAAAAAUUAGUUUGUAUUGUUAAUUAGAUAAAAAAAGAAAAAAUUAAUGUGAAUAAUAUGAUGUUACCCGAACCGGAGAGUAAAGUUAUACUAUUUUGGUGCUUAUUGUUUAUCUGUUAUACGAUAAAAUAACGUGAGAAGAAUAUGUUUGAGAUUCUGUUUUACUACAGAUUUUAGAAUGAUUUUUAUAUGGCACUAUAUUCUUGCCUUAUGGGGCAUUACAAUUUGUUAUGGUUCCCCAACACUUUUAUUCGCAACCGAUACGGAUAUACGAAUGGCAAAUAUUUCACGUGCAAAUAAAGUGACGACUAUUGUUAAAGAUUUAACAGACGGUACGGCCUUAGAUUUUUAUUAUGAGCGUGGAUUAGUUUGUUGGUCCGAUAGUGGAGAUGAGGUAAUACAAUGUAUUCGUGUAAAUGGUAAUUAUGAAAAAAUGACAAUUGUCAAGUCAAGUUUAAUAUCUCCCGAUGGUUUGGCUUGCGAUUGGUUCACUGGUAAACUUUAUUGGACUGACAGUGAAAAAAAGAGACUAGAAGUAACAAGUAUAAAUGAGCAAUAUCAAAAAGUACUUUUUUGGACAAAUGUCUCACAACCAAGAGCAAUAGCACUCGAUCCAAUGAAAAGUAUUUUUUUCUGGACCGAUUGGGGUGAUGAACCAAAAAUUGAAAGAGCAUCAAUGGACGGAGAUUCCAGUACUCGUCAAAUAAUUGUUUCAACAGAAAUUUUUUGGCCAAAUGGUUUAACAUUGGAUUAUGAAAAAGAAUUAAUAUAUUGGACUGAUGGAAGAUUAAAAUUUAUUGCAGUAAUGGAUUAUGAAGGGAAAAAUAGAAGAGAAAUUAUUAGUAAAGGCUUGGAUUAUCCUUAUGCAAUUACAUUUUUUGAUCAGAAACUUUAUUGGACGGAUUGGAAAGCCUGGGGAAUUUAUUCAUUGGAUGUUCGUUCAAAUCAAGGACAUCCUCGAGAAUUAUGGAUUCAAGAUAUACAUGUUCCUGGUGAUAUUGAGGUGUGGGAUUCAAAGAGACAACCACAAGGAGAGAGUCCAUGUAAACAUAAUAAUGGAAAUUGUUCUCAUCUUUGUCUUUUGAGUAGUAAACCAUCGGGAUAUUCUUGUGCCUGUCCAACUGGUGUUAAACUAGUGGAUAAUUUUACUUGUGCUAAAGGACCAGAGAAACUUCUUCUUAUUGUACAACAAACGGAAAUUUGUCAUUCGUCUCUGGAUACACCGGAUUAUACUACAUUUAUAUUGCCAUUACAAAAUAUUAGACAUGCAAUUGCCAUUGAUUUUGAUCCAGUUGAUGAAAUGCUUUAUUGGACAGAUGACAAAGCUCGAACAAUUCGCAGAGCUUUCUUGAAUGGUUCUGGACAAGAAAAUAUUACAACCACCGAAGUGGAAAAUCCCGAUGGAAUUGCAGUUGAUUGGGUUGCUCGUAAUUUAUACUGGACUGAUACUGGAACCGAUCGAAUUGAAGUUGCACGUCUAAAUGGAAGUAGUCGAAAGGUAUUAAUCAAUGAUGAUUUAGUUGAACCUAGAGCAAUAGCCCUAGCUCCAGAGUUGGGUUGGAUGUUUUGGACUGAUUGGAAUAAAAAGAAACCAAAAAUUGAACGUAGUAAUUUGGAUGGCAGUGAAAGAAUUCUUCUCAUUACUGUUGAUAUUAUCUGGCCUAAUGGAAUCGCCGUCGAUUUGGAACGAGAGAAAAUUUAUUGGUGUGAUGCAAAAACUGAUAAAAUAGAAGUUUGUAAUAUGGAUGGUUCGAGUAGACGGGAAGUUAUAACAAAAAAAUUAGAUCAUCCUUUUGGAUUAAGUUUACUUGAUGAUUAUUUAUAUUGGACAGAUUGGCAAAAGCGAAGUAUUGAACGUGCACAUAAAUUAACAGGCAAUGAACAUGAGGCAAUAAUUGAAAAUAUUCCCAAUGUAAUGGGACUCAAGGCAGUGCAUUUGGGAAAAAUUAGAGGUACAAAUCCAUGUUCAAAAAAUAAUGGAGGAUGCAGCCAUUUGUGUCUUAACAGACCUAAUAAUAAAUAUGUUUGUGCAUGUCAAAUUGGUUAUGAAUUAUCUAGAGAUAAAAGAACAUGUGCUGUACCAGAAGCAUUUUUAUUAGUAGCUAGAAAAGAAAAUAUUGUCCGAAUAAGUAUUGAAAAUACAAAUAAUGAUAAUAUUAUACCCGUGACUGGAGUUAAAGACGUAAGUGCUUUGGAUUAUGAAAUGUCACAAAAUAGCAUGUAUUGGGCGGACAUUAAAGUUAAAUCAAUUACUCGAGCAUUUAUAAAUGGUUCAGAAAUGGAACGACUUGUUGAAGUUGGACUAGAAAGUCCCGAUGGUUUAGCAAUUGAUUGGAUUGCUCACAAUUUAUAUUGGAGUGAUUCAAGUUCUCAUCGUAUUGAAGUUAUUCGUCUAGAAACACGCAGCAGAAAAGUAUUGAUAUGGAAAGAUAUAAUCGAACCAAGAUGUUUGGUGCUAGAUCCACAAAAAGGAUACAUGUUCUGGACGGAAUUUGAGGAAAACUCUGGAAAUUCCGGAACUAUUGAACGUGCAAAUUUAGAUGGUACUCAACGUCAAUUAAUAUUAUCUAAUAUUGGUCGUGCAAAUGGUUUAACUUUGGAUCACGUAACUGAUCAUUUAUAUUGGACUGAUUCAACAACACCAGCUAUUGAUAGUUACGAUUUAAUUACAAAGAGAAGAAAAUCUCUUGUUACACAAAAUAUUGUUUAUCCAUUUAGUAUUACUCAAUAUCAGGAUUUUAUUUAUUGGACCGAUUGGAAUACUGGAAUUAUUGAGAGAAUUAAUAAAACUUCAGGUUCCGGUAGAACAGUGAUACACAAUCGACUUGAAUCAGUAACAUCGCUUCUUGUUUUUCAUGCAUCACGACAAACUGGAUCAAAUGUAUGUGCUGUGAAUAAUGGUAAUUGUAGUCAUCUGUGUAUUGCACUUCCAGGUGUCAAUGAAAGAAUAUCAUCUGCACGUAAAUGUGUGUGUCCAACUCACUUCAAUCUCAGCACUGACAAUAAAACCUGUAACCCUCCAACGAAUUUUAUGAUGUACAGUUUACGUAACGUGAUUGGUCGAUUAUUACCCGACAUAAAUGAUUGUCCCGAUAUUGUACUUCGUGUGCAAGGAUUAAAAAAUAUUCGUGCCAUUGAAUUUGAUCCAUUCACUCAACAUAUUUAUUGGAUUGAAGGACGUACAAUGGCAAUACGUAAAAGUAUAGAAAAUAAAACACAUGGCUCAAUUGUUGUUGCUGGCAAUUCUGGACGUCCUUUUGAUUUGGCAUUAGAUCCCAUAGGCAGACUUCUAUUUUGGUCAUGUGAAGUUAAUAAUGUUAUAAAUAUCACGAAAAUUGAUAAUAAUUUAAAUUUGGGAAUUGUCGUGAAAGGCGAUGGCGAGAAACCUCGUUAUCUUGAUAUUCAUCCUGAAAUGAGAUUACUUGCAUGGAUCGAUAUUGGUGGAUCGAUAAAAAUUUAUUUAAGUAAAUUGGAUGGACAUGAGAGAAAAGUGAUUGCUUCAAAUUUAGAAUUACCCUCGGGCCUAACAAUUGAUGUGACGUCUAAUAAAAUUUAUUGGGCAUGCGGAAAAAUUAUUGAAGUUUCCGAUUUAACGGGAGCAAAUCGUCGAAUUCUCACAAACACUGAUGAUUCAUCAAUUGCACAUUUAUCAAUUCUUUCGAAUUUUAUUUAUUGGUUCAAUCGUGUUGCACAAACCGUUGAACGUGUUGAUAAAUUUACGGGAACAAAUAAAAGUAUUAUAAUGAAUCGUCCUCUCACCGAUCUUAUAACUGUUAGAACGCCAAAUAAUCAUGUUAUGGAUUCACAUAUUUGCAGUCCUUCACAUGAUUAUGGUGGAUGUUCACAUCUUUGUAUUGGAAAUUCAUCGUUGCGAUGCUCGUGUCCACAAUUUCUUGUUUUAAGCGAAGAUGGAAGAACGUGUCGAGAAGCACCGGCAUGUGGAAAUGAACAUUUCACAUGUAUAGCGCCAAAUUCGGCUGUUGCACAGAAAUGUAUUCCUGUUUCAUGGAAAUGUGAUGGACAGGAUGAUUGUCCUGAUGGAAGUGAUGAAUUGAAUUGUCCAACUUGUGGUCACGAUCAAUUUAGAUGUCAAAGUGGACAUUGCAUUGAUUCUAAUUGGGUUUGCGAUGGAACGGCUCAAUGUUCUGAUGGUUUUGAUGAAGCAAAUUGUUGUCGUUCUGGACAAUUUCAAUGUAGUUCAACAGGCUCUUGUAUUUCUGAAACUUUAUUGUGCGAUGGUUGGAAAAAUUGUGCAGACGGAAGUGACGAGAAUACCGUUGCUUGUACAUCAGUGAAUAAUCAACAGGAAUCACUUUCACCAGUUGACGCUGGAAAAAGUACCUAUAUUCUUGUAAUUUUAGUAACAAUGAUUGUGUUUGCAAGUGGUGGUAUAUUCGUCUAUUACUGCCGAAAAAAGAUUUCAUCAAAUGGCGAACUUCCAGACAUAUUGUACGAUUCAGCGGGUGAUCCAUUAUCACCGAAACCCUGCAGAAUUGCUAAAGCAACAUUGGUUCAUAAAGGUGGUAGAAAAGAUCCUAAACUAGGAAUGGAUACUGUAAGAAUGUCUGCGUUAAAUGGCAGCAGCAUUGGAUCCAGUUAUGAUCGCAGUCACAUAACAGGUGCUUCGAGUUCAACGCGCGGUAGCUCGACAGGUGGUUAUCCACAAGAAACAUUAAAUCCACCGCCUAGUCCCGCGACAACUGCAAAUUCCACUAGAUGCUCGAGUAGUAAUGCAUCUCGAUGCAGACCAUAUCGUCAUUACAGAAGUAUGAAUCCACCGCCACCACCAACUCCCUGCAGCACUGAUGUUUGCGAUGAAUCCGACAGUAAUUAUCCCACACGAUGGAGAUAUGAAGCAGAGCCUUUUCCACCUCCACCAACGCCAAGAUCUGUUUAUCACAGUGAUAUUGCAAUUAGUUGUCCACCUUCUCCAAGCUCAAGAUCAUCAACAUAUUUUCAUCCACUGCCACCGCCACCAUCACCAGUACCGUCUCUCACAAAACGAGACCGUUAAAGACUGAAUAUUUAUUUUAAAAUCGCAUUUUUUUUAACAAAAAAAAAAAAUAUACAGGGUGUCCUUGAAAUUCUUGAAAAAUUCUUUAAUUUUUUUUUUUGGGGGGGGUCUUGAAAAUCCUUGAAUUCUAUAACACAAAACAUUGAAUUUUUAAAAUUUUCUAAAAUAAUGAUAUUUAUUUCUUAAGGUGAGGCACUAUCUUAUUAUUUUUACUCCUUUAAAUUUAAAUGAUCGCGGGAAGUCGUAAUAUUUUAGGUCCUAAAAAACAUACAGGUUAGUCAGCAAUAGAAAAUAAUAAUUUUUAAUCAGUUUAAAAUUUAUAAUCCAAAAACAGGGUUGCUAUGGAUCAGGGAAAAGUCAAGGAAUUUUAUGAAAAGUACUGGAAAAAUAUCAAAUUUCUAAAAAUUCUACUAAAAUAAUAAUUUUUGACAUUUUCAAUUCAAACUUUUGUUGCUAAAAAUUAUUCUCUUACAUUUUUAUAAUUGUAGACCUCGAAUCGA